AUGGCAACCAUUUCAGGAACUUCCUCCUCCCAACCCCAGUCAAUAGCAAUCCAUACAAUCUACGAUAGCCGCGCCCCUACCUACGACGAUGCAACUACAUUCCAUAAAUCACUUGCACACGAAUAUGUAGAAUAUGCUAAACCGGUAGAGGGAGAAAAAUUGUUGGAUUUGGCUUGUGGGACAGGGUUGGUGGGGUUUGAGUGGAUGAACGGUAUAUCUUGUGAUGAGCACGUAUCUUCUCAGUCAGAGGUCUUGAACUACAGCACAGAUGCUAUAAAUUCUCACGCCCCUCUCUCACAAAUUCACGGCAUCGAUAUCUCUUCCGGAAUGCUCAGCAUUGCUCGUUCUAAAAUACCCUCUCUUCCCAAACAUAAUCACUCGAGAGGUAUUCCCCUCCCGCCACUCGAUCCUCGUGAAACAAACAUCCUCUUCGAACAUCACGACAUAACAUCACUCUCAACCCUGCCAUCUCUGUCCGACGCAAAAGGAAGAUUCGAUAUAAUAACAAUCUGCAGCGCAUUAAUGCUCCUCUCUUCCCCCCUCGAAAAUAUGAGAUCAUGGAUUCCUUACCUAAAACCCACCUCUCCCACUCCUCCCGGCGGAAGAUUAAUCCUAGAUAUACCCCACCCCUCCUCUAUGCUUGGCUUAUCAAUCUUCUACAAACUAUCUCUUGAAUUCGGGAUCUCUAUUCUUGGAUCUCGGGAAUGGAUUGGAAAUUCGGGAAUUGUGGCGGUGGAGAACCUGGGGAGGUUAAUGAAGGAAGCGGGAUUAGUCGAUGUGAAAGCUUUUGAGACGAGAAUAUUUCAUGACAUACCCGCGGCAACACCAGUAGCUAACAAGAUUGGAGAGAUUAUUGAUAAAGGGGAAGAGAAUGAAUACCGGGAAUGGCCUGCUACAAAUGAAGCUGGAAAGAAGAUAUUCGAUAUUAUGACGCAAUGGAAAUCUUUGGAGAAUUGGAGGGAAGGCACCGAGGACGAAAAGAAGAGAAAAAGGGAGAGAUGGGGAGAGGAAUGGGUGAAAUUGGGAGUUAUGGAUGAGAAUGAAGGGCGAGAAAUGGGGGAAUUGGUGGUUAGAGAAGAGGGGAGGUUGAUUAUUGGAGUUGGUUUUAGGGGGUGA